UUUCUGUGUUUCCGGUUCAGUGUUUUGUCUUCACUAGCCUCCGCUGCGGCAGCAGCAUCAGUGAGUCAGUUCCUGUAGUUUUGUCUGUGAGGAGGACGUCAUCAUGGGGGAACUCUUUCGAAGUGAAGAGAUGACCUUGGCUCAGCUCUUUCUCCAGUCAGAGGCGGCCUACUGCUGCGUCAGCGAGCUGGGAGAACUGGGCAUGGUCCAAUUUAGAGACUUGAAUCCAGAUGUGAACGUAUUCCAGCGUAAGUUUGUGAAUGAAGUGAGGAGAUGUGAGGAGAUGGACAGGAAACUAAGGUUUGUUGAAAAGGAGAUCAAAAAAGCCAACAUCCCCAUGGUGGACACCGGAGAGAACCCAGAAGUACCUUUUCCCAGAGACAUGAUUGACCUGGAGGCAACGUUUGAGAAGUUGGAGAAUGAACUAAAGGAGAUCAACACCAACCAGGAAGCUCUGAAGAAGAACUUUCUGGAGCUGACUGAGCUCAAACACAUCCUGCAUCGAACCCAGCAGUUCUUUGAUGAGAUGGAAGAUCCCAACCUGCUGGAGGAGUCCUCAGCUCUGAUGGAGGGCAGUGAGGGGGGCCGUGGAGCUCCACUCAGGCUCGGGUUUGUGGCUGGAGUCAUCAGCAGAGAGAGGAUUCCCACCUUUGAGCGGAUGCUGUGGAGGGUGUGUCGGGGUAACGUCUUCUUACGAAAGGCAGAGAUUGAAGACCCUCUGGAGGACCCCACUACGGGGGACCAAGUCCACAAAUCGGUUUUCAUCAUCUUUUUCCAAGGGGACCAGCUGAAGAACAGGGUGAAGAAGAUCUGUGAGGGGUUUCGUGCCUCUCUCUAUCCGUGUCCUGAAACUCCACAGGAGAGGAAGGAGAUGCUCGCUGGUGUUAACAGCCGCAUUGAUGACCUGCAGAUGGUCCUGAACCAAACGGAGGACCACCGCCAGCGAGUGCUCCAGGCCGCCUCCAGGACCAUGAGGGUCUGGUUCAUCAAGGUGAGGAAGAUGAAGGCCAUCUACCACACACUCAACCUGUGCAACAUUGACGUGACUCAGAAGUGUCUGAUUGCUGAGGUGUGGUGUCCCGUCUCAGACCUCGACUCCAUCCAGUUUGCUCUGCGCCGAGGAACGGAGAGAAGUGGCUCCACGGUGCCUUCAAUCCUGAACAGGAUGCAGACCAAGCAGACUCCACCUACCUUCAACAAGACCAACAAGUUCACAUCAGGCUUCCAGAACAUCGUUGACGCCUACGGGAUUGGAAACUAUCGGGAAAUAAAUCCAGCUCCGUACACCAUCAUCACCUUUCCCUUCCUGUUUGCCGUGAUGUUUGGCGAUAUGGGUCACGGUAUUCUGAUGACCUCUGCCGCCCUCUACCUGGUCCUCCGUGAGACCCGCAUCCUGGCUCAGAAGAGUGACAACGAGAUUUUCAACAUGAUUUUUGCUGGGCGCUACAUCGUCCUCCUGAUGGGGAUCUUCUCGGUCUACACUGGCAUCAUUUACAACGACUGCUUCUCCAAGUCCCUGAACAUGUUUGGUUCUGGUUGGAGUGUCAGGCCAAUGUUCGGUUCCAAAGGAGCCAAUUGGUCGUUUGAGGCGCUCGAAGCAAAUCCAGUUCUACAGUUGGACCCUGCUGUUCCUGGUGUCUUCAACGGACCAUAUCCUCUUGGAAUUGAUCCGAUCUGGAACGUGGCCACCAACAAGCUGACUUUCCUCAACUCCUUCAAGAUGAAGAUGUCAGUGAUCCUCGGGGUCAUCCACAUGCUGUUUGGAGUUUCCCUCAGCCUCUUCAACCACCUGUAUUUCAAGAAGCCUUUGAACAUCUUCCUGAGCUUCAUCCCAGAGAUCGUCUUCAUGUCCAGCCUGUUUGGAUACCUCAUCCUGCUGGUCUUCUACAAGUGGACAGCCUAUGAUGCUUUCACAUCUAAAGAUGCUCCCAGUUUACUCAUCCACUUCAUCAACAUGUGUCUGUUUAACUACAACGACCCGACAAACAAACCUCUCUACAGGGGACAGAUGGGGAUCCAGGUUCUGCUGGUGCUGGUUGCUCUGGCAUGUAUUCCCUGUAUGCUGAUAGUGAAAACCCUGGUGCUGCGGCGCCAGCACCUGUGGAAAACCCAUCUGUCACAGAAGAGGGGAGAAAGUCCUGCAGAGAGUCUAGAGCAGUCUUUAGAGCAAACAGGGGUGUCCUCAUCAUGCACCGGACUCACCCAACAGGGCACGCACAAGUUCGGAGGGGUACGGGUGGGCAAUGGACCCACGGAGGAUGAGGCUGGCAUCAUGGACCACGACCAGCUCUCCCAGCACUCAGACGAGGGAGACGAGCACUCAGAAGAAGAGCCGUUUAAUUUUGGAGACGUAGCUGUGCACCAGGCCAUCCACACCAUAGAGUACUGUUUGGGCUGCAUAUCCAACACGGCGUCGUACCUGCGCCUCUGGGCCCUCAGCCUGGCUCACGCUCAGCUGUCCGAGGUGCUGUGGUCCAUGGUGAUGCACCUGGGCCUGUCUUCCAGGAGCGGAGGCGGGUUCUUUGGCCUGUCAAUCAUCUUCUCAGCAUUCGCCACUCUCACUGUAGCCAUCCUGCUGGUCAUGGAGGGACUCUCAGCUUUCCUGCAUGCUCUACGUCUGCACUGGGUGGAGUUCCAGAACAAGUUCUACUCAGGCCAGGGCUUCAAGUUUGUCCCGUUCUCCUUUGAGAGCAUCAUGGAGGGCCGAUUUGAUGACUGAUCAGGUCCAGCUUUGGCUCCAGGAAAACAUCAGUGUCCAGCCUUUGUGUGUCUGUGUGUGUUUGUGUUGUGUGUGUGUUGUGUGCAUGAAGCCUGGUGCAGCCCUCUGUCGCCCUCUAGUGCUGUUCUGUCAAUGAGCUCAGCGAACAAAGAUGGAAACUGGAAAAUUAUUUUACAAGGUCACAUCACCAUUGCUCGUUACAUUUAUCGGUGUUUGUGUUCUCUAUCAGGUUUAUUUGUCCUGAUGAAAACAUCUAGAUUAUUUAUUUUUGGUGUUAAAAUAAUUAAAUAGGUUUUAAAGAAGUGUUACAAUCAGUGUUUGUGUAAGUCAUGAUGAACAAUGAAAGAUUUGACGAAUGUGUUGAAGGGCUCGUUUGGAAUGAAAAAUAAAAAUAAAAUCCUUUGUGUCAUAUCAAGUUUUACAAACACUCAAACAUGUCUUUUGGCCCUUGUUGUACACUGUACUUUGAUGUUUUUGUGUCAUUAUUUGGAGCGUUGUUGGUUCCUGUGUGUCAGUUAAGAGAGUGUUGAUGUGAAAAACAAACUAUAAAUCAUAAAGUGAUAUUAGUGAUCUGUGAUCUGAAAACUGUUCUGGUCAGUAAUAAAUAAUAAAGUGUUAUCUGUGGCUUCA